CUAUAUUCCAUCAUAUAUAUAUUACGUACGAAAUAUAUUUACUAAUUCAACGUAAUAGAAAUGGGGAUGAUGAAGAGACUAGUUGGGAUUUCAGAAGCAAAGAAGAAGCUGGAAAGGACUCUCUCUCCCAGGGAAGAUGAAGUAGUUGCCGUCCCUAAGGGCCACUUUCCGGUAUACGUCGGGGAGGCGAGGCGGCGGUUCGUGGUUCCGAUAGAGUACUUGGGGCAUGCACUGUUCCGGGAUCUGUUGGAGUGGACGGGGCAAGAGUUUGGGUACGAGCACCCCACCGGCGGACUCACUAUCCCAUGCACUGAGGACUACUUCUUGAGCCUCACUUCCCUCCUCCUCAACUCCAAAUGAAUAUCAUCAUGCAUGCAUGCAUGGACACUAGAUAGAUGCGACGACGACGUACGUAGCUUAGCCUGUUUGUACGUAGUAGGAAUUCAUUCAUUAAUUAAUCAAAAUAUCUUUUUAUUCUUGAAGAACUUUAUUUUUUGCCAUGCAUUAUUGCAAUGUGUGUGGCUAAGAAUCAUAUGUAAGACUCAAUAUAUUGUUGAUUGUUUU